AUGGCCUCCAUUUCCCCAAUUAUCUCUCUCUUCUCGCUCCUCCUCUUUACUUACCCCGUCCUCUCCGAUCAUUCGCCGGCGCAUUCCCCUUCUCCACAUACGCAUCCACCCGCCGACCAAAUUUCUACGCCUCCGUCCUCCGCGCCUUCACCCGCCCACUCCCUCUCCUCACCUCCGGCGCCGCCGCCUCCAGAUCUCGACUCACACUCACCUUCUCCCGCACCGACUCCGGACAACAAGUCUCCCUCUAGCUCUCCCGCGCCGGCCGGAGACAUCAAGCGCGAGAGUGAGCCCAAUGCGGCAGAUCUGGACAACAAGGGCGACUCAUCCGGCGGAAUUAGUAGCGGCCAGAAAGUCGGCGUGGCGGUGGGAGUGAUAGCCGGAGUGCUGAUUGUCGGCGCCGGCGUGGUGGUGUACAAAAAGCGGCAGCAGAAUAUCCAGCGGUCGCAGUACGGGUACGCCGCCAGGAGAGAGAUUCUGUAG